UAUGAAGUGAGAGAAAGAGAGAAGAGAGAGAGUAGAGAGAGAGAGCGAAGAACCAACGGUGUUGAUAAGACAACUUGAAGCCCUCAUAUCUGAGUCGUUUCCUUUCUCCCUUCUUCUCCAGCGUCCGAUCUCCUCUCUCUCAUCUCUUCCAUCGGCCGUGGAUAUACUCUCGCGCCCAAAUUACAAAUACCCUCUUUUCGAUAAUCAAUCCGGGUUCCGGCGAACAUGUCCGACAAUCAUCCGGCGAGUCCUGGCGGUGGCAGCCACGAAAGUGGUGAACAUAGUCCUAGGUCUAAUGUUCGUGAACAAGAUAGGUAUCUUCCGAUUGCUAAUAUUAGUCGAAUCAUGAAGAAAGCGUUGCCGGCUAAUGGUAAGAUUGCGAAAGAUGCCAAGGAGACUGUCCAGGAAUGCGUAUCUGAGUUUAUCAGCUUCGUUACCAGCGAGGCGAGUGAUAAGUGUCAUAGAGAGAAAAGGAAGACGAUUAAUGGAGAUGAUUUGCUAUGGGCAAUGGCUACUUUAGGGUUUGAAGAUUAUAUUGAUCCUCUCAAGGUCUAUUUGGCUAGAUACAGAGAGAUGGAGGGUGAUACUAAGGGAUCUGCUAAAGGAGAAGGGUCAUCUAAGAAAGAGGGAGUUCAUUCUAAUGCCCAUGCUCAGCUUGCUCAUCAGGGUUCGUACACACAGGGAAUGAAUUAUGGAAAUGCUCAACAGCAGGGACAACAACAUUUGAUGUUUCCCAUGCAAGGGAGGGACUAGAAUGAUCAUAUCAUUCUUUUGUAUUUCCUUCCUGUUGAUGAUCCAAAUUGUGGCUGGUUGUGCCUUUUGGAAGAAUUCAUAUCCUUGUUUGUGUAGUAGUAAAACUCACUUUUCAUUUUGGUUUGUGGUUGUUGUACUAUGACAUUAUUAGUGUCAUGUAUUUUGUAUUUUUUAUUUUUAGACCUAGAUUGGUAAAAUAAAAUGAUUAUAUGGUUCAGAUUUGUUUUUUUAAAAUGUUGUGGUCAUACAAGAUAUUUGAUG